GAGAGAGAGAGAUAAAAAUGUGAAUAUUCAUCAUUGAGUAUAAUUGCAAUGAUGAUGUUUUCGCAGCAACUCAAUCGAUCUUUUUCGAAGAUCUGGAUAUUUUUAUUUUAAUCGAUUUUUUAAAAUGAAUUGACACUUGUUUUUGUUUUGGGGGUUUUCUGUGUAUGAAUGUUUGGUAGUGUGUACUGAGCUGAAGCGAAGUCCUUAAAUUGAGCUAAAUUAAUGGCUUCUAGACAAGGAUUACAGCCGAAAAAACCUAGUUCAACAAGAGCAGCAGCGAGUAACAAUUCGCCGGCGUCGUCUACAACGUCAUCAUCUCGUCAAUUUCUAGGGCCUUCUAUAGACGGCCAGAGUUCCCCAGCUUCGUCAUCUGCUCGAAGUAAACCUCAGUAUUUUCACUCAGAAAGUGUAUCUUUGGAUGUUGAGAGAUCUACGGAAAAUGUUACAGUCACAGCUCGGUUUCGUCCACUCAGUCCAAGGGAAAUUCGGCGAGGAGAGGAAAUUGCGUGGUAUGCGGAUGGGGAUACUAUUGUGAGGAAUGAGCAUAAUCCGUCAAUUGCUUACGCCUAUGAUCGAGUAUUUGGCCCUACAACCACAACAAGGCAUGUCUAUGACGUUGCUGCACAGCACGUAGUCGGUGGGGCAAUGGAUGGAGUCAAUGGUACAAUUUUUGCAUAUGGAGUUACUAGCAGUGGGAAGACUCAUACCAUGCAUGGUGAUCAGAGGUCUCCUGGUAUCAUUCCAUUAGCUGUAAAAGAUGCUUUCAGUAUUAUUCAAGAGACUCCAAGUCGCGAAUUUCUCCUGCGUGUCUCUUAUUUGGAAAUCUACAAUGAGGUUGUCAAUGAUUUGCUCAAUCCAGCUGGACAAAAUUUGAGAAUUAGAGAAGACAGUCAGGGAACUUUUGUUGAAGGAGUCAAGGAGGAAGUCGUAUUAUCCCCAGCCCAUGCACUCUCCCUUAUUGCAGCAGGAGAAGAGCACAGACAUGUGGGUUCAACCAACUUCAAUUUACAGAGCAGUAGAAGUCAUACGAUCUUCACACUGAUCAUAGAGAGUAGCCCUUGUGGUGAUUACUGCGAAGGCCAAGCAGUUACCUUGUCGCAACUGAACCUAAUUGACUUGGCAGGAUCUGAGAGCUCAAAGGCUGAAACAACUGGCUUGCGCAGAAAAGAGGGUUCCUAUAUCAAUAAGAGCUUGUUAACUCUUGGAACUGUUAUUUCAAAAUUAACGGACGGGAAAUCCACUCACGUACCAUUUAGAGACUCCAAAUUGACGAGGCUUCUCCAGCCCUCACUUGGUGGCAAUGGACGCGUAUCUCUGAUUUGCACUGUUACACCCUCAUCAAGCAAUUCUGAGGAGACCCACAACACUUUGAAAUUUGCCCAUCGAGCAAAACAUAUUGAAAUUCAAGCAGCACAAAAUAAGAUAAUUGACGAGAAAUCAAUAAUAAAAAAGUACCAAAAUGAAAUUCGAUGUUUGAAGGAAGAAUUGGAACAAGUUAGAAGAGGCAUGCUUACAGUUACACCAUUGAAAGACAGUGGAGCUGGUGAUAUUCUGCUUCUAAAGCAAAAGCUAGAAGAUGGUCAAGUACGACUACAGUCAAGAUUGGAAGAAGAAGAAGAAGCCAAAGCUGCUUUAAUGGGCAGAAUACAGAGGCUGACAAAACUAAUUCUCGUAUCUACAAAAGCUUCACCAACAUCACGAUUUUCUCAACGGUCAGCAGUAAGGAGAAGGCAUUCUUUUGGAGAAGAAGAGCUUGCGUAUCUUCCACAUAGAAGACGUGAUGUUGUCCUGGAUGAUGAAAACAUAGAGCUGUAUGUUUCUCUCGAUGGCAGCGUUGGAACUAUAGAUGAAAAAUUGAGAGAAGAAAAAAGAACAAAAAAGAAUGGAUUGCUGAGUUGGUUAAAGUUAAAGAAGCGAGAUAGUGCCAUAGGGACCUUCGCAAGUUCUAGUGAUAAAUCGAGUGGAAUCAAAUCAACAAGUAGUCCUUCAACUCCUCAAGCUGAUGGCAAUAUUCACAUGGAAGCAAGACAUUCGCUUUCUUUACUCACAGAAAGUACUCAUUCUGCCGACCGCUUAUCUGAUACAAAACAUAAUAAAGAAGUUUUCGAGCCUGAGGAUAAUUAUUCGGGUGAAGAGACUCAACUGGCUAGCAUGACUACGGAUGAAAUUGACCUUUUAAGGGAGCAGCAAAAGAUUUUGUCUGGUGAAGUUGCAUUUCACAUGAGUGUCUUGAAACGAUUAUCUGAGGAGGCUACAAGAAAUCCUAAUAAGCAGCAUAUCCAUGUGGACAUCAGAAAUUUGAAAGAAGAAAUUCACAAAAAGAACAAUCAAAUUGCUUCACUUGGAAAGCAAAUUGCAGAUUCCAUCAAUCCGCAUGGUGAAAAGGGCAAAGUGGAGGACUCACAAGUCGUAGCUGAACUAAUGGAGCAGUUAAAUGAGAAGUCUUUUGAACUCGAGGUCAAAGCUGCAGAUAAUCGGAUAAUUCAGGAGCAGCUGAACCAAAAGAUUUCGGAAUGUGACGAAUUGCAACAAACGAUUGCCACAUUAAGGCUAGAGCUCUCCGAUGCUGUUGAACAGAGAGACUUCAUGCCAUUCAACAGUCAUUUGCAAGGAUUUCCUGAAACUAGGAGUGUGCACAUGGAACAUCAAAUCGGCAAAGACAAUUCAGUGUUAAAGGAUUCAAAUGAUAUGUUGCUACUACAAGCUCAGGCAAAUGAUGUCGAAGAACUAAGAAAAAAAUUAGAUGAUGUAACUGAGUCAAAAGAGGAGCUAGAGCUGCGCAACAAAAAACUCGCGGAGGAAAGUUCAUACGCAAAGGGGUUAGCAUCAGCUGCAGCAGUUGAACUGAAAGCUAUGUCUGAAGAAGUUAUGAAGCUAAUGAACCACAACGAGAGAUUAGCUGCUGAGCUGGAAGCACAAAAAAAAUCGCCAACUCAGCGGCGCGCCUCCAUUCCAAACAGGAACGGGCGGAAAGACAGUUAUCCCAAAAGGCACGAUCCAGCUGUCGUAGCCUCGGAUAUGAAGAGAGAACUGGCUAUGAGUCGUGAAAGAGAGAGUUCAUUUGAAGGUGUGCUGGCAGAAAAGGAUCAAAUCGAAGCUGAAUUGCUGAGGAAAGUCGAAGAAUCAAAACAAAGAGAAGCCUACCUAGAGAAUGAACUUGCAAAUAUGUGGAUACUUGUGGCUAAGCUUAAAAAGUCUCAUGGAGUUGAUAAUGAUGAAUCUACAAAGGAGAAUAACGACUUCUGAUUUUUGGUAUAAUUAUCCUCUUCAAAUCAAAAGAUUUCCAAUAGGUAGUAGGAGAGUAAUAUUUCGGUUUGUUGGCUUAGUUCUUAUGUUUGAUUUUCUGGAAUUAUUUGUAAAAAAAAAAUGAAGUUGUUCGUAACACACAUUAAUCAUAGUUCGAAGUGUACGUUAACUGGUGACGAUGUAGAUAUGUGUAGCGUAGCAUUAGUUUUUUUUUUUCCAACUUCAUCUUUUCUAUGUGCUCUGUAAAAGAAGUCUUUGCUGUUAUUUAUAUAAUAUGGUAGUAGUUAUUU